ACAUGGCUCUGAAUGGAGGUUUGUGAGCUAAUAACUGAGCGAACUUUGACAUUUCCGUCCUUCACUUGUCGUGCAGAUAAAGACACAACAUGGCGCACGCACAGGGAUCGAUUCCUGAGUAUGACAAGGACUUCGACUGGGAGCCUCCGACCGAGGCCGAGCUGAAGGUGAUCCACGCUCGCAGGGAGCGACAAGACAAGAUCAGCAAGCUGAUGGGAGACUACCUGCUCAAAGGAUACAGGAUGCUGGGAGAGUGCUGUGAAGUGUGUGGGACAAUUCUUCUCCAGGACAAACAGCAGAAAUACUACUGUGUUUCAUGUCAGGAGCUGGACUCUGAUGUUGACAAGGACAACCCCGCUCUAAAUGCACAAGCAGCGUUGUCCCAGGUGAGAGAACGGCAGCUCGCAGCCCAGCCCCCUGCACUGCCCGAGGCCCCUGAGCUCAACGGUGUCCCCAACAACAGCCUGGCCAGUGGGUUGGUUCCUCAGCCCAGACCAGAGCACUGCGAGGGGGCUGCCGCAGGAGGAAGAGCCUCCCUGCUUCCACCUGCUGUGCCUCCUCCGUCAGCUCCUGCCGCCCCCGUAGCCCUGGCACCACCUCGUCCCCCGGUUUGUCCACCGGUCGCUGCCAUUCGACCUGUGUUGCAAGAAGCUGAGGAAGCGGUUCUUACCAAACUUCGCUGGGCCACCACCCAGCUACAGAGCUCAGCCUCUCUAGAGGCAAGUAUCCAGCUCUGCAGCCUCAUCUCCAGCUGUGCCAACUCACUGCGCAGUCUCAAGGAACUUGACCAGUAACCAUCUUUGACUGGUUGAAGCUGUGGAGUAAUGGGAACGCUGUUUUAAUUGCCCUCUUGUCUUGGAAUACUGAUUCUGGUUUGCUGCUUUGCAGAAUCACCCUUUGACUGAAUCCUUGCAUACAGCUGAAUUCAAAAUUAGUCUGCAAAAUGCAUUCGAAAUGGGAUUAAAGUGUCAAAAGUGCACAGGUCACUCUUGAGUUAAUGUACCACUGGCAGAAAUACCAUAUUACAUGGUUUCAUAAUAUGUUCAUUUUUAUUGUUUUUGUCAACUUGUAAAUUAAGAUUUAAUUGUAAACAAUAGAACAUACGUCAAAACAUAUUGUUAGUAUUCAUUUUAACCCAUCUGAUCAUGAAAAAUCGAAAUAAGGCUUAAAUAUCUGUAUAUUUUCAGAACAAAUCAAUGUUAAGAUAUAUCCACAGUGGUUCGGCUCUCAUAGAUUCAAAAUGGCCACAUUUAGCAGACAGACAUUUUUCUUCUCGAUUGAUCGUUUUCUAGUUCCACAAAAAAAGAUGUAGGUUUGCAAAUCACAUUUUGAACAAAAGCUAAAAUCCCUGUGUAUACAUGCUUUUGUAAUUGUGUGUACACACAAGAGUCUCUGUGGUACAAGAACAUAGGUUAAAAUGUAUGGCCUGUUGGUACCAGUCCUCUAAUCCGACCCUGCUUUUCCUCACAGACACGAGACAACAUUUUUUAUUUACUGCUCAGUCUGAUGCUCAGAUAGAUUUCUCAUGUCCUCUGGGGUAAAAAAACUUGUCACUGUGUGCUGGCACUUUUUAGGUUUUUAUUGUAAAUAUCUUUGAUGCAUGAUGGUCAGUUUGUUCGGUGAUGCUCAGAUGAGACGGGCAACAUUUAGGAGUCGGACUCAUUGUUCCUCAUUCAUUAAAAUACAUGUGGAGUAAAUGAGGUGUGCACUGUUCAUCAGUAGACAGCACUUCAUAUUCGAAGAAGCAAGUUUCAGUGUUGUUCGAGCCUGACUGUUUUCUAAUUACGUACCUGAAUAAAGCUUUGCCAGUUCA